CAGGUGGGCUGGAGCCUAUCCCAGCUGAUGAGAGCUCUUUGGUAUCUGCUGUGCUGCUGCUUCACUCUCUCUCUUUACAGAAAGUUGUAGAUGUUUUCAGACGUGUCACUGCUGGAUGUGAGGAUGGGAGCCACUUUGCUCUGUGAGCUGGGCCUAUUCUUGCUCUGUACGCUCCUCUGCACUGGACACGCUCAAGAUGCUGUGCUAACUAUUGAACCCAACUGGUCCAGUUUUUUCACUGGAGAGUUUGUUACCUUCAAAUGUGACAUGAAUGAAAGAAAAGACACUGACUGGUAUUACCAAAUCAAGAAGGAUGGUCGAGAAUUUCUGGCCUACAGGGCAAACAAAGACUCCAAAUUAGAAAUUAUAUCUACACAUGACAGUGGUGAAUAUCAGUGCUCUGGUCGCAGGAAGAUCUCAAAUGAUACAAAGAACAGUAAUACUGUCUCUGUAACUGUAUUAGAUAAACCCAGGGUGACUCUCACAGCAGGAACAACAAUCAUACCAGUAGGGGGCAGUGUGACACUGACCUGCUCUGUGCAGAGCUCUGAUGGAUGGAAAUAUGAGUGGUUCAGACGAACCCAAAGAACCUCUGAAGUUCAAAUCAGAGAUCAACAAAACAGAGAUAUCAGAGUGUCUCAAGGAGGAAUCUACAGCUGCAGAGGAACAAGAGGAAACCCAGUUUACUACACUGAUAUAAGUGAUGAUGUCACCAUUGAGAUAACCUUUUCCAAUAAAGUUGUUGUAAAACAACAACCCAACUGGCCUCAGAUAUUCAGAGGUGAGACGAUCACUCUGACAUGUGAGGUGCAGGAAGGAGGUGAAACCACUGAGUGGGAGUAUGAAUGGAGAGGACCCAGGACACCCACACAGUGGACACACAAUAAUGAUGUGACAUUCAGAGUUUCUGAGUCCAGCAGUGGAGACUACAUGUGUAAGAGUCGACGCAGAGAUGACUCAUAUUCUUCAACAGAGUGGAGUGAAGCCUUCACAUUGUCAGGAUCAAAUCAACCAAAGGCUCAGAUAACUUCUGAUAUGAGAGACGUUCCAGUAGGGGGCAAUAUGACCCUGAAAUGUUCAGUGAACCCAUUAUCAUCAUCUGGAUGGAAAUACUACUGUGUCUCACAGGAAGGACUCUACAGGUGCAGAGGAGGAAGAGGAAACCCAGUUUACUACACAGAGUACAGUGAUCCCUUUAACACUGAUAAAAAUGUAGCUGUGUCCAGUCCUUUAUUUCUUGUUCUGAUGAUCACUGGACUCAUUUUUGGAGUCAUAUUUAUUUUGCUCCUGUUCCUGUUCCUGUACACAAAGGUCUACAAAAAGAAAGGUUCUCCUGACGACCAGAGGGUGAGUCAUGAUGAAAAUCAACAACAAGUCUACUCGUCUCUUCUUCAUGGUGAUCGUUCUGUCUAUGAAACAAUCAGAGGCUCUGGAAAUACUCAAAACGGUACAGUAUCAACUUUAAUAUAUAGUUUGUGGAAGCUAUGUAAUUAUAAAAUAACAGUGAUUAUCACUAAAAACAACACUAACAUUAUUAUUUUAGUUUGACCAGAGGGUUUUUACAUCUAUAAUUAUAAUGAACUGCAGAGCUGUUUCAGGCUGAGAGCAUAUUUGAAUAUAUUUUACAGAAGUUCAGUGUUGUUCAUGAAUCCACUGAAAGAGAGCAUUCAUCUAAUGUGCUCAUUUAAAGCAGAAUGUAUCUGGAAUUGUGAAUUUAUUAAUUUAUCUGUGCUUUACCGCCCUUGCU